CAUUCAGCACACUCCAUUAUGUUCCAAUAUUGCGAGGAGAUCGUGACUCUCGUGGGGAUCACCAGAUAUUGGUCCGGCAGAUGGAGCUGGCAUAUACCGAACAAUCACAGAACCACAACCAGACCAGAGCUGGAAAUCCGGGGUAUUCCCAGGUGGAGAUUCGAUAUUAACCCCGCAGCCAUCUCUUCUCUCAUACACAAUUGUCCUCAUUCCAUCUCUAUCCCGUAGACUCCGGACUAUGAACCCCCAUGUCGGAGCCCAGUCACUCCUGUCCCCAGUGUCCUGCUUCCUUUCGUCGCCAGGAGCAUCUUGAACGCCAUCGCUCGUGUCAUCUGACCGACCGGCCGUUUGCAUGUGGGUUUUGCCAGCAGGCAUUCAAGCGAACAGAUGUCCUCCAACGGCACUGGCGGACUUGUAAGUCCCGCCUGCGCGCAGAUGCCGAUAUCCCUCCAGCUCCGAUCAGCCGUAGAUCCACCAAGAGACAGGCCUGCGAUCGAUGUGCGCGACUGAAGAAAGCCUGUAAUUUGAAAUGGCCUUGUGGGAACUGCCAGAAAAAGAGCCAUGAAUGUAUCUAUCGAGGUUCCAGACGACAGUCCGAGCAUGCGACUAGACAUUUCCCGGACGACACUGCAACGACGAUAUCUGAAUCGCCAUUCAACAUGUCAAUGUCCGAUGACUUUAACCUCGCCGACACCAUCGACCUUGACCGGUCUUGUAUUAUCCCUUCUGAUGCGUUGGAGUCUCUUCUUAAUGGUGACUGUGGGCUUGAUAUGGUUCACUGCAACCCACCACGAUCGGACGACCCAAGCCAGUCAAAAACACUGGAAACGAUCAGAUUUGGGAAAUUACAGUUUCUCGACAGAUUCAGCAACGUCACCGGCUUCCUCAACUCCUUCGAGUGUAUGCGCGUGUACGAAGUAAAGCAGUUGGCGACCGUUAUGGCGGAUCUGGCACUGCAGGACAACCCCGACGAAGAUGUCUCUACCCCUAUUUCCCUCGACUUUCUUAUUAUUCCUCCUCCAACCAUGGACAGGUCUGAUCCGUCAAGGCCCUUUUCAGGCCUGCUGGUAGACGGCUGCACGGACUGGUCUAGCUGGCUGGCAGACCCGUUGGCAGGAGUUACAAACGAGCUGGUCUGUCGAUUGAAGCACGUAACGACAACACCCAGCCUGGGGAGCGCAAUAGCCCUGACCUGGUCGCCUCUCAUCGAGAAUAUCUGCGUUCAGUUCUUCAGCCCGCCGAACAUCAGACGAUAUCUCGUCUAUUUCUGGUCCUUCUGGUACCCGAACUGCCCCAUCAUCCAUAAGCCCUCGUUCAAUGUCCACAAUACGCCAUAUACCCUUUUACUGGCUAUGCUCUUGAUUGGAGCCAGCUUUGCCCCUGAUGAUGCGACUAGCCAGAAUGCAAAGCUUUGGUUUAACAGUGCAGAGGAGCUCGUGUUUGCGGACCCGCAUUUCAGGCGUGCGGUGGUACAUGGCGACGGGGCGGAGGGAUUUCACCUUCGUAGGGAUGCUGUCAAGGCGCUGCAGGGGGCGUAUUUAAUUUGUCUAUUGCAGAACUGGGAGGGCGAUGACAAUAGUAAACGUAGGAUCCGACGGUCGAGAUUCAGCAUGGUCACCGCGAUGGGUAGGGAACUUGGAUUCUCCCCUGGAAGCCAUCAUAAGCCCCAGAAUGAGGACGGAAAUUGGGAAAGGUUCAUUGCGAAGGAGGAGUUCAACAGGACACUGUCGUAUAUAUUCCUCCUCGACACAGCCUUUAUCAUCUUCCACAACGCGCCUCCUAAAGUAUCAGUCUCGGAACUCAACUUCGACCCAGUCUGUCCAGAGCGUUGCUUCCAGGCCACGACGGCGCGGGAUUGUUUCUUGCUGUUACACGACAGCGAUGCCUCUCCCAUUGCAGGCCUCUCCAUCACCGACCUCGUCUCGCGGUUCUGCCAGAAGACACUGGGAUGCAGCGAGAAGGGUUUCUUAGCUGGAGUGGGCAAGCUCAAUCUAUUCAUCAUCGUCAGCGCAUUCCACACCCUCCUCUUCCACGCCCGAAACACCUUCUCCCCAGACGCAGCGAUGCUACCGAUCCAAAACGGCCUCACCAACUGGAAAGAGAUCUGGAACCACCACGAGAUGCUGGAGCAGGGCGGCGCUCCAGCAAGCAGUCUAGCAUCGCCAUCCGAGUGCUGGAAACGCACGGGGUUCAUGGAAUACGCCCCGGAGUACUGGACACUGGCUCAGGCGAUUAUUACGAGUGUCUUUACUACGCCUGCGGAUGAGAGUGGAUGCGGGCUGGGGCUGCUGCUGAAUCGCGUCGAUGAGAAUAAUAUGGGCCAGUUGAAUCGGUUUAUCAGGUGGGCUGCGAAUGAGGGGAUGGCGAGGAUUUAAUCAACUUUGUACUCUAUCUAUAAUCAUUAUCACAUGUAAUGAAUGCCAUUCGUUGAAGAACUCCGUCCACCAAGACACCAAGAGACAGGUCAUCCCCUCUUGAUCAACACAGCCAUCAUGGAUCCUGAUUUCCCCUCAGUGUAUUCUAAUACGUAUGGACACGAUUGGCCGGCUAUUGCGUACCCCGGAUUCAACCCCGCGCAGUUCCAGCCAAAUCGGCUGCAGUUGUGCCACCCCGCACGAGACCAUCACAGCGUCAUAACAUCUACACCUCCCCCAUU